GCAGCAGGGCUGGCAGCGAGCGGGGCGCCGAGCGCAGCAGCACCACCUCCAUCAGCAGGAAAUACUGGAUAGAUCCCACAAUGGAAGACGGGAAGCCCGUUUGGGCUCCACACCCAACUGAUGGGUUUCAGAUGGGGAUGAUUGUGGACAUCGGCCCUGACAACUUAACUAUUGAACCUUUGAAUCAGAAAGGCAAAACUUUCCAGGCUGCUAUCAACCAAGUGUUUCCUGCAGAGGAGGAUAGCAAAAAGGAUGUGGAAGAUAAUUGUUCCCUGAUGUAUUUAAAUGAAGCCACUCUCCUUCACAAUAUCAAAGUUCGGUACAGUAAGGACAGAAUUUACACCUAUGUAGCCAACAUUCUUAUUGCAGUGAAUCCAUACUUUGAUAUACCUAAGUUUUACUCUUCAGAUACUAUUAAAAAGUACCAGGGUAGAUCAUUGGGAACAUUGCCACCACAUGUUUUUGCAAUUGCUGAUAAAGCAUUCCGUGACAUGAAAGUGCUUAAGAUGAGUCAAUCCAUCAUAGUCUCUGGAGAAUCAGGAGCUGGCAAGACUGAAAACACUAAAUUUGUUUUGAGGUAUUUGACAGAAUCUUAUGGCAGUGGGCAAGAUAUUGAUGAUAGAAUUGUAGAAGCAAAUCCCCUAUUAGAAGCUUUUGGAAAUGCAAAGACUGUUCGCAACAACAACAGCAGUCGUUUUGGGAAAUUUGUUGAAAUUCACUUCAAUGAAAAGAACUCGGUGGUUGGUGGAUUUGUGUCACACUACCUUCUGGAGAAAUCUAGGAUUUGUGUGCAAGGCAAAGAAGAGAGGAAUUAUCAUAUCUUUUACAGGCUUUGUGCUGGUGCUCCAGAAGACAUUAGGGAAAAGCUAUAUUUAAGCUCUCCUGACAACUUUAGGUAUUUAAAUCGAGGCUGUACCAGAUUCUUUGCUAAUAAAGAAACAGACAAGCAGAUUUUGCAAAAUCGCAAGAGUCCUGAGUAUCUUAAAGAAGGUUCCUUGAAGGAUCCACUGUUAGAUGAUCAUGGAGACUUCAACAGAAUGUGCACAGCAAUGAAAAAGAUUGGACUGGAUGAUGAAGAAAAACUUGAUCUUUUUAGAGUAGUGGCUGGUGUCCUUCACCUUGGAAAUAUCGAUUUUGAGGAAGCUGGGAGUACUUCAGGGGGCUGCACGCCGCGCGCGCGGAGCCAGGCGGCGCUGGAGCGCUGCGCGGCCCUGCUGGGCCUGGACGAGGACGACCUGCGCGGGAGCCUCACCUCGCGCGUCAUGCUCACCACGGCAGGGGGCGCCAAGGGCACGGUCAUCAAGGUACCGUUGAAAGUGGAACAAGCAAACAAUGCUCGUGAUGCCUUGGCUAAAACCGUGUAUAGUCAUCUGUUUGAUCAUGUAGUGAAAAGGGUAAACCAGUGUUUUCCAUUUGAAACUUCUUCUUUCUUCAUUGGAGUUCUAGAUAUAGCUGGUUUUGAGUACUUUGAACACAACAGUUUUGAACAAUUCUGUAUAAACUACUGUAAUGAAAAACUGCAGCAAUUUUUUAAUGAAAGAAUUCUGAAAGAGGAGCAAGAACUUUACCAGAAAGAAGGCCUGGGUGUUAAUGAAGUUCGUUAUGUAGAUAAUCAGGACUGUAUAGAUUUGAUUGAAGCAAAAUUAAUAGGUGUACUGGAUAUUUUGGAUGAAGAAAAUCGUCUUCCCCAACCAAGUGACCAGCAUUUUACUUCAGUUGUGCAUCAAAAACACAAGGACCAUUUCAGGCUCUCAAUUCCUAGAAAGUCUAAAUUGGCUGUUCACAGAAAUAUCAGAGAUGAUGAAGGCUUCAUUAUCAGACACUUUGCAGGAGCCGUAUGCUACGAGACGAUGCAAUUUGUGGAAAAAAACAAUGAUGCUUUGCACAUGUCUCUUCAAUCUCUUAUAUGUGAAUCCAAGGACAAGUUUGUUCGACAGUUGUUUGAGGCCAACACUAACAACAACAAGGAUCCCAAACAAAAAGCUGGGAAACUCAGUUUCAUCAGCGUGGGUAACAAAUUCAAGACUCAGCUAAAUUUGCUCCUUGAGAAGCUUCACAGUACUGGGUCGAGCUUUAUUCGCUGUAUCAAACCUAAUCUAAAGAUGACAAGUCACCACUUUGAAGGAGGACAGAUCCUCUCUCAGCUUCAGUGUUCAGGGAUGGUGUCAGUUCUGGAUUUGAUGCAAGGUGGUUUCCCAUCACGAGCUUCAUUUCAUGAACUAUACAAUAUGUACAAGAAAUACUUGCCUGAAAAAUUGGCUCGACUGGACCCUAGGCUUUUUUGCAAAGCCCUAUUUAAAGCCCUGGGACUGAAUGAAAAUGAUUACAAAUUCGGACUAACCAAGGUGUUUUUUAGGCCCGGCAAGUUUGCAGAGUUUGAUCAGAUAAUGAAGUCUGAUCCGGAUCACUUAGCAGAGCUGGUUAAACGAGUGAAUCGCUGGCUUAUCUGCAGUCGUUGGAAAAAAGUUCAAUGGUGUUCUCUCUCGGUGAUUAAAUUGAAAAAUAAGAUAAAAUAUCGAGCCAGUGCCUGCAUUAAAAUACAAAAGACUAUUCGUAUGUGGCUUUGCAAGAGAAAGCACAAACCACGCAUUGAUGGCCUGAUAAAAGUACGUACACUGAAGAAGAGACUUGAUAAAUUUAAUGAAGUAGUAAGUGCUCUGAAGGAGGGGAAAGCAGAGACAAGCAAGCAGGUCAAGGAGUUGGAGGAUUCUAUUGAUGCUUCAAUGACCAAAAUUAAGACCACUAUAAUGACUAGAGAACAGAUACAGAUAGAAUAUGAUGCUUUAGUUAAAAGCUCAGAGCAGCUUCUGAAUGCACUGCAAAAGAAGAAGCAGCAAGAAGAUGAAGCAGAGAGGCUACGACGCAUCCAGGAGGAAAUGGAAAAAGAAAGAAGGAGACGUGAAGAGGAAGACCAAAAACGAAGGAAGGAAGAACAGGAAAGACGCCUGAAAUCUGAGAUUGAGGCAAAGAGAAAACAGGAAGAGGAAGAGAGAAAAAAGAGGGAAGAGGAAGAAAAGCGUAUUCAGGCUGAAAUUGAGGCUCAGCUAGCUAGAGAACGAGAGGAGGAAACCCAGCACCAGGCAGUGCUUGAACAGGAGCGUCGUGACCAUGAGCUUGCAAUGAGAAUUGCCCAGAGCGAGGCAGAACUCAUCAGUGAUGAAGCUCAGCUCGAUUUAGGUUUGCGCAGGGGUCCUGCAGUGCAAGCCACAAAAGCUGCUGCUGGUACUAAGAAGCAUGAUCUCAGCAAGUGGAAAUAUGCAGAGCUUCGUGAUACAAUCAACACAUCCUGUGAUAUUGAACUCUUGGCAGCUUGCAGAGAAGAGUUCCACCGAAGGCUAAAGGUGUAUCAUGCUUGGAAAUCCAAGAAUAAGAAACGCAAUGCAGAAACAGAACAGCGUGCUCCCAAAUCAGUCACAGACUAUGAUUUUGCACCAUUUAUGAGCAACUCAACACAACAGAACCCCACAGCCCAGCUACCAGGCAGACAACAAGAGAUUGAAAUAAACCGGCAGCAGCGCUACUUCCGCAUUCCCUUCAUCCGCCCUGCGGACCAGUACAAAGACCCCCAGAACAAGAAGAAGGGGUGGUGGUAUGCACACUUCGAUGGGCCCUGGAUUGCUCGGCAGAUGGAGCUUCACCCUGACAAGGCACCCAUUCUGCUUGUAGCGGGUAAGGAUGAUAUGGAUAUGUGUGAGCUUAACCUUGAAGAGACUGGCUUAACCCGAAAGCGAGGUGCUGAAAUUUUACCGAGACAGUUUGAAGAAAUUUGGGAACGCUGUGGAGGCAUCCAGUAUCUCCAAAACGCAAUUGCAAGCAGACAAGCUCGCCCUACCUACGCUACGGCGAUGCUGCAGAACCUGUUGAAAUAACUGGGCAGUCGGCACAGGAGCGUUCCAGAUGAGAACCUUGCCCACGAUACAAAGGGAGGAGCUCCUCUGGUCUACAGAGGGCCUAAACGUUCUGUAAUCAGAGUAGAGAUGUUUAAUAUAAAGUGAACAGAUUUUAUUAAUCAUGUGGUUUGUUAAUUUGUACUUCAUGAUGUUUAAUUUGUGUAGUGAACUUUACUAGGUAUGAGGACCCUGAAGAAACUUCAGUCAGUGUAGUUUGCUGCAUUUUGUUUAUAUGUUGCAUUUUGUUUAACAGUUUCUGUUAUAACUCUUAACACUUUUAAGCAAUCUGUCUAUACUUGGGUACAUAUUGCAAAGAACUGCACUGCAACCACCUUUUUAUAAGAUUCCUUCUUUAAAACACUGAGUAGCUGGCUUCAAGUGGUGGCCUAGUAAAGAGAAUAUGCUAUUUCUAAUAACUGGAAUUGUGAGGCCUUAGCUUUGACUUCUGUUAUGGAGAAGUUGGAGUAUACUUUUAUAUAACCUGAGACAUUUUAUGUCCUGAUUUGCAAACUGGUCAAUGUCUGUAAUUAAUGAUUUUUGUUUUUCCAGAAACUGAUGGGAAAUCCUCCUGAACUUGAGACCUGUAAACCCCUGUUUAAUUCAUUCUCUGUCUUGGUUUAAGAUAAAUGGUUUUCUGUACAUUACAAGAAAAGCAUUCAUAUACAUCAAAAUAGUAUAAUAUUGGAGGUCCUCAAAGAAUGUACUGCUCUUUAGGGCUUAUACCACUUCUCUUGUAGAUAUUUUUCCCUUUCUUUUUAGUACAAAUCUGUUUUAGACUUUAUUUUUCUGACCACAUUUCUACUAGCAAUUCUUGGACAGUUUGUUUAGCCAGGUAGUGUAAUUUCAACAUAUUACACAAAAUCGUCCAAGCUUUGUAUCUGAAGGUAUAUAAGAUUAAGGAUAGCAUUAAGGGAAAUAUGUUCAGCUUUUUGCUGGCAGUAUGCAUAUUGUGGCCUGAGCCUCAGAAAUCCUCUUUAUUUUAACUGUAAUGAGAUAUACAAGAUCUAUAACUUUUGUUGGACUGUGUAAAAAUUUGGUCCAAUAACAUAAUGCAUCUUAAUACUAUGUGCUGAUGAAAUAGCUACAAUUUUUAGUGUACUGGAAUAUCAUAGUGAUUUGGAUGCUGAGCUGUAUAUUAAUCUCCUCUAUCGAGUUUCAUAGCUUGUAACAGUUCCAUUAUUAAGCUGUUUGUUUGGGGAGUUUUUGUGAGUGGGAAUCAUUAAUUUCAUACAGUUUUAAGAAGCAUCUCUUUCACUUAUGUGAAUAUUGCUUUAUCUUGCUGGCCAUUAUUUCAACAAAUUAAACAUGACCAUUUGUUAUCUCUCUGAUAGAAAUCCAAAAUAUAAGUAGCUUGAUGUCCAAUUAUGUAGCCUGAUUUAAAAAUGAAUUUUUGCCCUUUUUAAUUGACAGUUUGCUUACAGUAUGAAAUAAUUUCUGCACUCCUUACUGAGCAUGAAACCUCUUGGAAAUGUUAAUUUUUAAAUGCGUAAAUAUACUUAAUUUAAAAGAGGGGUGAUUCUGUAGCACAGACAAAGCUCCUUGCUGACCUUAGACUGUGGUUGUGUGCCACAGUUUGCUUGUUGUUAUAAAUGCACUCCUUAUGGGAAUAAUGUGUUGAUAUUCAAGUGGUAUUUAACCUCUUUACACACCCACUGCAACAUUGAAUCUUAGCUUCUGCUGUAGACCCACUCUGUACUUCCUGGUCAUGUGAUUGCAAAUGAGAAAAUAAUUUUCAUUUUACCCAAAUUCUUCAUUGAAAUAAUUGUUUUUGGCUGGAAGAUGAAAGGAGAAGUGCAUCAGACUGCUGGCUGGAAAGUUGUGUGCAAACCUGUACAGUGUUGCGUGAGUUUAAAGGUGCAGCUUAUGAAAUCUAGAUUACUUGUUUAAUGUGUUACUGCACUGAAACCAAAAUGUGACAACUUCCAGUCUCCAAACACUUAGCAGUGCAAGAAGCUGCGCUCGUUCAUGUGAUCCAAGGAAGAAAAAUCAGUGACCUGACCUGUGUUUGUUUCUGUCUGGGUUUAGCUGCUUGACUUUGCACAUUCCAUCUCAGUGUAUAUAUCUUUAAAAAUCCAUGGAUCUUACGAGACUGAAUACUGUAAGCAAAGAACCUCAAAUGCUUAGGUGUGUGUGGGUUAUAUACACGCAUAUGUGCUUAAAUAUUUUAGUAUGUAUGUGUGUAAACAUACCUGCAGGGAACUUUAAAUAAAAUUAACUGAAUUUUCCCACUCUGUUCCUUUAGUUAUGUCAGGAUUUCCUUGACUGGCAUGGGAAAGAAAAUUGAUUAAUCAGAAUGGGGUGUAUGGAAAUUUUUCUUUACUAAAUGACUAACAAAUAUGAGCUAUCAUGAAAAUAAAAUGGACUUUAAAAUAGUGGAAGAGGGACUGGUGGCUGGACAUCUCAAAUGAGAUGUUCCCACCGCCCAGCAUUACUCCAGAAGUAUGCCUGAUGGAAGCAGAAGAUGCAUUCCAGAAAUCAGGGUAUUCUAGUUUGCACAUUAGCAGGCUGCUUUUUUUCCCCCUUUUGUUUUUCACUCCACACCAAAAGCAGCUUCUGCUCUUAGUUUUACUUAUCUUUUUGUGAAACAAAAUUAAUUUUCAAUUAGUUUCAGAUUAUUUUAUUUUUUUUACAUGUCUGGCAAUAUUUAACUGCCUACCAGUUGUUUCCAUGGUCCCUUGUAGUGUGUCAGAUAAUUUUAGUUGGUUGAUUUGGAGAGGAAAUAUAAAAGGAGGGGAGAGGAUUGAUCUUUAGGACUGUAGGAUGACCUGAUGCCUAUCUGAUUUAUAAUUAUAGAGAAAAUUAUAGAGGUUUUUAAAGCCCAAUUGCUUGGUUCUCUGUGUGUUUCAUUAAAAAAAACAAUUCUUCCUGCCUGUCAGUGAAACUGCCCAUUAUAGUUGAGAUUGACUAAAAUGCUUCACAAAACAAAGGAUAGGAAGAGAAUCACCACAAUAAGCUACAUUCCUGACUAGGUGACCCAGGAAUAUUCAUUUUCUUGAGAAUGCUACUCUGAAGAUCCUUCAAUACUGACUCUGAAGGUCAUUCAUACUUGUCUUUUAUCCACUGAUAAGAUUGUGUUUUUCUUUACCUAGUUGAAUCCUCUGGGUUUUUCUUCAAAAAUCUUUAAGUAUUUAAAUGACCUCUUAAUACUGUACUGAAAAUUAAAAAUAAAAAUAAACA